UCGUCUUUUCCAUCAGCCUUUGAUGGUCUGAACGGAGGCUAGGAAUGAUUGGAUUCCAACACGUCCCAUUCUCAUGAAAGAUUUUUCAGUACGCGACUGUAUUUUCUGCUAAAAGAAGUUGGAAUUUGGAAAAACAAAGUCAAGAGUGAUAAAUUUUAAGAUCUAAAGGGGAGAGGAGGGUAGAUGUUCGGAUCUAAGUAUAGGGGUUUGUUGGGCAUCGAACACCCAUUUUCUGACAUUAACAUCACAACAAACAACCCCUUUCUGCUAAGAGAAGCCACCCAUCUGCUACAGUAGCUUAAGGGUUUAUCUUUCUCUCCAUGCACUUCCCUUUUUCCAGCAUCCAUCUUCAACUCUUCUCUCUCUUUGGCCCACAUUAAUUCAGUGGUCGAGAAAAUUGGGAAAAGGAACAGAAAACGAGAGGAAAAUUAUGGGUUUUGUGUUUUACGGGGGUUGGUGGAUGUGAAAAAGGGAGAACUGAAGGCAACUGGUCCAGGCUGAAUUAUAGAAACAAAAAUGCUAGUGACUUCUGGAGGACAGUUGCCAUCAUUCCAUUUCCUAAUUAUAUUGUUUAUUAUUGUAACAACUGUCCGAAGUGGGUCUGCGAGGAUUACCAGUACUUUUACUCGUUCUGAAUGGCCAUCCACUGAUAUCCCUCUGGAUAAUGAAGCUUUUGCAAUUCCAAAGGGUCAUAAUGCUCCACAGCAAGUGCAUAUCACCCAAGGUGACUAUGACGGAAAGGCUGUCAUAAUUACGUGGGUUACAACUGAUGAACCAGGGUCGAGUAAAGUGCUAUACGGCACAUUGGAGAAGAAAUAUGAUUUUAGUGCCGAGGGCAAUGUGACAAACUACACAUUUUCCAAUUAUUCAUCUGGCUAUAUCCAUCAUUGUCUUGUUCAUGGCCUUGAGCAUGACACCAAGUAUUAUUACAAGAUUGGAGAUGGAGGUUCUUCUCGCGAAUUUUGGUUUCAAACACCUCCAAAGAUUGAUCCAGACACUUCCUACACUUUUGGAAUUAUUGGUGAUUUGGGUCAAACAUAUAAUUCUCUUUCUACACUCGAGCAUUACAUGCAGAGUGGAGCACAGACUGUCUUAUUUGUCGGUGAUCUCUCUUAUGCUGAUAGAUAUGAAUUCAAUGAUGUUGGUGUUAGAUGGGAUUCAUGGGGCCGGUUUGUUGAGCGAAGUGCUGCAUAUCAGCCAUGGAUUUGGACUGCUGGAAAUCAUGAAGUAGAGUACAUGCCAAACAUGGGUGAAGUUCUUCCUUUUAAGUCAUAUCUGCAUAGAUAUGCUACACCUUAUAUGGCCUCCCAAAGCAGCAAUCCUCUUUGGUAUGCUGUCAGACGUGCAUCUGCUCAUAUAAUUGUGCUAUCAAGUUAUUCUCCAUUUGUGAAAUAUACACCUCAAUGGAAGUGGCUACGUGAAGAGCUAAAGAGAGUGGACAGAGAGAAGACACCUUGGCUAAUUGUUCUCAUGCAUGCCCCCAUGUAUAGUAGCAAUGUAGCCCACUAUAUGGAAGGUGAGAGUAUGCGAACUGUUUUUGAAAGUUGGUUCGUCCAUGCAAAGGUUGAUCUUAUCUUUGCAGGCCAUGUUCACGCCUAUGAAAGAUCGUAUCGCAUCUCAAAUAUACACUAUAAUAUAACAAAUGGCGAUCGGUAUCCUAUACCUGACAAAUCAGCUCCAGUGUACAUAACUGUUGGAGAUGGAGGGAAUCAGGAAGGUCUUGCUGGAAGGUUUGUGGACCCACAACCAGAGUACUCUUCAUUCCGUGAAGCCAGUUAUGGUCAUUCUACAUUGGAGAUCAAGAAUAGAACCCAUGCAUUCUACCACUGGAAUCGAAAUGAUGAUGGGAAAAAAGUACCAACUGAUUCUGUCGUAUUCUACAAUCAGUACUGGGCAAGGAAUCUACAGAGGAGGAGGCUGAAGAGGAACCAUAUCAGGACUAUUGAAAAGGGCACUGCCACCUUCUGAUAGGAGUUUGAAGACAGUUAUUAUGAGGCUUAGUGUGUUAUCACUGAAGGAGAAAUCAAUUGCUAAAGAAGAGAUUUGCAUAGUUAUGUUUCUUUGCACUGGUCCAAUUAUAUGGUAAAGUCUUAGUGCAUGCUGCACCUCUUUUCCUGAUAUUUCCUCCUCCCUUUGCAGAGAUGUCUGCAAUGUUAUCAUUUUUUAUUGUUCAGUUGGAGAGAAAGCAUGAUGUUCAGAUCGAAAUCAAAUAAUUUCAUCUUGUUUUACAAAGCAUGUCAUAAUGUGUAUGAGUGCACAUUCCAAAUGUACUAUCAAGAGCUUUAUCUAUAAAUAUGAUUUUAUCUAGCGUUA